AUGGAUGAGCUCCACGAAGUGGCGACUGCUUAUUACAACAACGGUUCCAUGGAGCAACAAAAUUUGGCGUGGCUGUUUUUCCGGGCAAUGGACGUUGACGUUCUGAAACGAACUGCCAACAACAACCUAAACUUACCACCAUCUCCAUGGCGACUUCCGUUGAUCGGAAACCUCCAUCAGCUCAGCCUCCACCCUCACCGCUCCAUCCGUUCCCUCAGCCUUCGUUAUGGGCCACUCAUGCUCAUUCAUUUCGGCCGUGUCCCCAUCCUCGUAGUCUCCUCUGCCGAUGCAGCUCAUGAAGUCAUGAAAAUACAGGAUCUUAAGUUUGCCAACCGCCCGAAAUCACAAGUUAUCAAGAAAAUUCUAAAUGGUGGUAGAAAUUUGGCCUUUUCUCCCUACGGAGAAUAUUGGAAGCAGAUCAAGGUAAAUCUAAGCGAACUUCUUGGGACUUUGACGGUGGAUGUGAUAUGUAGACUUGCCUUGGGAGGAAAAUAUAGCGGCUGUGACGAGAGAGGGGAAAUUAAUUUCAGGCACAUAAUAAGGACGUACAUGGAGCUCUUGGGCACGUUUCCUGUCGGCGAAUACAUUCCUAGUUUGGCAUGGAUAGAUAGAAUCUGCAAUCUAGAUGGUAAAGUGAAAGACGCAAUCAACAAGUCUGACAGUUUUUUGGAAAGAGUGGUGCAAGAACAUGAAGUAGAUGAUGGUGCACACAAAGAGAGAUCAGAUUUCGUUGAUAUUUUGCUAUCUGUUCAAAAAGAUAAGACUAUGGGAUUCGAGUUUAACAGAAGCGACUUAAAAAUCAUCCUCCUUGAUAUGUUUAUUGGGGGAACAUCAACAACUUUCACACUAAUGGAGUGGACGAUGACAGAACUUAUGAGACAUCCUGAGUGUAUGAGUAAACUCCAAGAAGAGAUUCGUUCAAAUUCGCCGCAUAAUUUAUACGUAAAGGAGGAAGAAGUGGAGAAGAUGACAUAUUUAAAUGCUGUGGUCAAGGAGGCUCUCCGGUUGCAUCCUCCGGCUCCGUUACUUCCCCGACUAUUAACUGAAGAUGUUAAAUUAAAGGGAUACGACAUUGCUGCUGGAACACAUGUAUUUAUCAAUGCUUGGGCAAUUCAACGAGACACGUCUUCUUGGGGACUAGAUGCUGAAGAGUUUAGACCAGAGAGGCAUCUAAAUUCCCCUUUGGAUUUCCAAGGACAGGAUUUGAAGUUCAUUCCAUUUGGGUCAGGGAGAAGGAUUUGUCCUGGAAUCCGGACUUCGUUAGCCUUGGCAGAGGUGACACUUGUCAACCUUGUGAAGCGUUUCAACUGGAGAGUCGAGGUCGGACCACUGGGAGAUGGUAUUCCUGAUUUAGUCGAAGCAGUUGGUAUUGAUGUUUGCCGCAAGUUCCCUCUUAUUGUUUUUCCAUCUUCAGCUUUUUCGUUCACGUAA